AGAGAGCAUGUUGGUCCUGAGGGUCGCUGCUGCUGCACCAUCCUCCUCCUGCUCCUCCUCUUCAUCAGCUGCAUCCUCUUCAUCAUCUCACGAUGUUCCCCUCUCUGGUCUCCAUGGUGCUGCUGGUCGUGCACGCGGUUCUCCUGGACGGAGCCCUGACCUUCAAGCAGACGGACCCGGUCACGGGCACACAGCUGGUUUGUGAAGGCUGCGCUCCGGGGACCUACCUGCGUGCGCGCUGCACGGACACGAGCCGGAGCGAGUGCGCGCCGUGCGCGCCGGGCUCGUACACGGAGAUCUGGAACUACAUCCGGAAGUGCCUGCGCUGCAGCACGUGCGGCCGCUACGAGGUGGCGCGCACGCGCUGCACCGCGCACAGCGACACGCAGUGCGCGUGCAAAGAGGGACUCUACCGGCCGACGCAGAACCACAUGUGCACGCGCCACCGCGCGUGCGCGUCCGGAGAGGGGGUGCUGAGCAAAGGUACAUCGGAGCAGAACACCGUCUGCCACGUCUGUUCCAACGGAACCUUCUCCGACAGCGUCUCUGCUCUUCAGAACUGCACCGCGCCCAAGAGCUGCGAUGGCGCCGGGCAGCACCUGCUGCUCAGGAGCGCCCCCUGGCACGACAGCGUGUGCACCAGCUGCUCAGAGCUCAGAGACGGAGCGAGCUACCUCAGAGAGAUCCUCCCGGCGUUCUUCCUCCACCACUCCAUGUCCGAGAAGCGCCUGCGUCGGCUGGUGCACCUCCUCCCCUCCGAGGACGGCAAGUCCCAGGGAGGAACAGCGGCGCUCCAGCUCCCGGAGCUCAACGCCCGCCUGAACACCUGGAUCGCCUCCGCUGCCGAGAAGCAGAUCCGUCAGCUCCCGGCCGUCCUGAAGAGAAUCGGCACGGGCAGCUCCGGGGAGCGUCUGCACAGCAAACUGCAGAGAAUCGACUCGGGGGUGCAGCAGCUGUGCGGCGCCCUGGGGAACGAGGUGGAGGCGUCGUAAUGUGUAACGAGUAGCACGAGGUAGCAAACACCUGGACGCAGGAAUCACAAGGCUCGACUCGUCCAGGGUUUUUCUUAAAUCAUUAAAAGUCUUCUAAUCGAGAUGCACUUUCAUCACAGGCUCUGUUUGUUACUUUCUGCUUCAGUUAAAGGAGAAAACCCGUCACUCCGAGGAAAAGGGAUUUUUUUCUUUAACUUCCCUCUGUGAAAUGAAUUCUCCUUCCUGUUUCCCAGCAUUUCAGUUUCUCUUCUGUUUACUCGACAUGACCCAGAGCUGCAGGACGAACACAGAGGUUUUAUAAAAACUGUUCAGGUCAGCUCAUCGAGGAAAGAGUGGAAAAGUCUGACUUUUGUUUUUGGGUUCCAUCCCUCAUACGUAUGAAUGGAAGUACAUGCAUGUGCCUAAUUGUAGGUUGUAAGUAAUAGAUUUUUAAUAUAUUGCACGUGAGCGUUUGGAGGUUUUACUCUUUCAAAGAACCCGGCGGCCUCAGUGGAUCUACCUCUUCAAACGUCUGCAGUUAAACGCUGAUGUGCCGCCGCUCCGGCUGCUUCCUGUGCGACGAUUAAACUUGUGAGUUUAUUACAUCAUUUAUUUAUAGUUGGAGUUGAAGUUGUUUCAGAUGAGAGUCGUGAUGAGAGUGGCUCCUGUUGUUCGCCACUCCUUAUAUUUUUAUACGCAGAGUUGUAUGUAAGGUAAGUUUGUGUGUCUGCUCGAAAUGAUUUGCAAAUAAAAUUGAACACACAAUAUAA